UAUAAGGCACAUAAAAAAAAAAAAAAUAAAUAAAUAAAUUAAAAGUAGUGAGAAGGAAUUUAUUUUACAUUGCAGUCUUCGUAUGGUUGAAUAGCUUACACAAUCAGCUCCACAUAAUUCGAUACCAAUAUCAAUUACAAUGAAAUUCGUGUUAUUAUUUGUAAUUGGUUGUAUGAUGCUUAAUUUUAUUGAAUGCAACCCAGUAGAGUUAGUGUCUCUAACAAAUAAAAGAGAUGACUCAGGUCAAUUCUUAUCACGUUAUAAGUUGGAUGAUGGUACAGGGGAAGAGAAGAUGGGGAAAUUAUUAUCAAACAACAAUGGAGAGGAUGCUAUUCUUGUUCAACGGGGUUCAUAUACUACAAAUGUCGAUGGUCGACUUAUAACAUACAAUUGGAUAGCUGACACCAGAGGUUUCAGAAUAUCAAAAGCCUAAUAUACAAUAAAUAAUAUUUUAUAAUUUUUUAAUACAGUAUUAAAUAUUAUACUUGUAUAAUUAACUUAAAAUUAAAAUUAUCCACUUAUCUAUUAUGAAUAAAAAAUAUUAACUGUUUUUU